AUGAAAGACGGUCCACUCCAAGGCGAUGAUGCCAAGUUGGCGGCUUUGGGCCAUCGGCCUGAACUCCAACGUAGUCAUUCAACAUGGUCAAUGCUUGGCUUAGCCUUUGCGGUUCUUAAUUCAUGGACUGCACUUUCGGCCAGCUUGUCGAUCAGUCUUACAUCUGGCGGAAGCACAAGUGUGAUUUGGGCCAUCGCGUGGCCAAGCGCAGUACCAAUUCUAUCAUGGGUUACAGGCUGGAUCAACGUGGCAGGCUGGGUUGCUCUCGUUGCAACAAACUCCCUUCUUUCUAGUCAGCUUAUCGUUGGCUGCAUUUCAGUUCUUCACGAGAGCUACGUCCCGCAACGCUGGCAUCAAUUCCUCAUUUAUAUUGGACUGACAAUUGGUUCAUUCAUCAUUAAUGCUUUCAUGAACUCCAUAUUGCCAGUCAUCUACCGUGGUGCUUUCAUGUGGUCGAUUGGAGGUUUCGUGGUCGUCUCAAUUACAUGUCUCGCAUGCGCCGCCCCCAACUAUAACUCAGCUUACUUCGUGUUCUGUGAUUUUGUAAAUACAACAGGCUGGCCUGAUGGUGUCGCAUGGAUGCUAGGUUUGCUUCAAGGAGGGCUUGGCGUGACUGCCUUUGAUGCGGUGGCACACAUGAUCGAAGAGGUACCCAAUGCGGACAUUGAGGGGCCUAAGAUUAUGGUUACCUGCGUGGGCAUCGGUGUGUUUACCGGUUCUAUCUUUUUGAUCGUCCUUCUAUUUGUCGCAGGAAACAUGGAAAUGGUCACAACCUCCGCAGCCGGUCCUCUUCUGCAGAUCCUGAUCGAUGCCACGAAAAGUAACGCGGGAGGUAUCUGCCUUUUGAUGUUACCUCUGGUCUGCUUGGUCUUUGCUAUUAUCAGCGUCAUGACCACGAGUAGCCGAAUGAUUUUUGCUUUUGCAAGGGAUGGCGGUCUUCCUGCUUCUCGGUUCUUUGCAAAAGUCCACCCAACACUCAAGUUGCCCCUCAACGCACUCAUUCUCAGUGUUGUGGUAGUUAUCGCAUUCGGAUGUAUCUUCCUAGGCUCUACAAGUGCUUUCAACGCAAUUAUCUCUGCCUCAGUCGUGGCUCUUGAUCUAUCCUAUGGAAUACCCAUUGCAAUCAACUGUCUUCAGGGGCGUAGAUGUCUCCCCGAAAGGAAAUGGAAAUUGCCCAAUGCAGUUGGAUGGUUUGUCGAUACGGUUGCUUUAUCAUACAUUGCUUUGACCACAGUUCUUUUUGUCUUCCCUCCGUCAAGCACGGUCACGGGAAGCAGUAUGAAUUACUGUGUUGCGGCAUUUGCUGUUAUUAUUAGCAUCUCUGUGUUCCAGUGGUUUGUGGACGGAAGGAAGAAUUUCACCGGUCCUCGUGUUGACAUCACUCUUGAUGCACUGGACACCGUGCCUACGAGAGAGGAGAUGGAGCCCAGUAUGGAUGAGAAGAAACACUCUGGUCGGGACUAG